AUGAAUGCUGUGGAAAGUCCCGAGGGGCAGGAGCUGCAAAAUCUGGGGCGCGAAGCCUGGGACAACCCCGCCUAUAGUGGUCCCCCCUCCCCACACGGGACGCUGAGGAUCUGCACCAUCUCCAGUGCGGUGCCCCCCCAGCCCCAGGCCACGAAACAUGAAGACAGACCCCAGGAGAAGGCACACAGGACCCUGGUGUCCACCUGCUGCCUCCAGAUUCGUCGGGGCAUCAGAGGACUUUGGGGGACAACCCUGACUGAGAAUACAGCUGAGAACCGGGAACUUUAUGUCAAGACCACCCUGCGGGAGCUUUUGGUGUACAUCGUGUUCCUGGUGGACAUCUGUCUCUUGACCUAUGGGAUGACAAGCUCCAGUGCCUAUUACUACACCAAAGUCAUGUCUGAGCUCUUCUUGCAUACCCCAUCAGACACCAGCGUCUCCUUCCAGGCCAUCAGCAGCAUGGCAGACUUCUGGGAUUUUGCCCAGGGCCCACUACUGGACAGUUUGUAUUGGACCAAAUGGUACAACAACCAGAGCCUGGGCCAUGGCUCCCACUCCUUCAUCUAUUAUGAGAACUUGCUGCUGGGGGUGCCAAGGCUGCGGCAGCUGAGGGUCCGCAAUGACUCCUGUGUGGUACAUGAGGACUUCCGAGAGGACAUUGUGAGCUGCUAUGACGUCUACUCUCCGGACAAAGAAGAGCAGCUCCCCUUUGGGCCCCUCAAUGGCACAGCGUGGACAUACCACUCACAGGAUGAGCUGGGGGGCUCUUCUCACUGGGGCCAGCUCACAAGCUACAGUGGAGGUGGCUACUACCUGGACCUUCCGGGAUCCCGACAGGGCAGUGCAGAGGCACUCCGGGACCUUCAGGAGAGCCUGUGGCUAGACAGGGGCACUCGGGUGGUCUUCAUCGACUUCUCCGUCUACAAUGCCAACAUCAAUCUUUUCUGUGUUCUGAGACUGGUGGUGGAGUUUCCAGCUACAGGAGGUGCCAUCCCAUCCUGGCAAAUCCGCACAGUUAAGCUGAUUCGCUAUGUCAGCAACUGGGACUUCUUUAUCAUUGGCUGUGAGAUCAUCUUCUGCAUCUUCAUCUUCUACUAUGUGGUGGAGGAGAUCCUGGAGCUCCAUGUCCACCGACUUCGCUACCUCAGCGGCAUCUGGAACAUUCUGGACCUGGUGGUCAUUUUGCUCUCCAUUGUAGCUGUGGGCUUUCACAUAUUCCGAACUCUUGAGGUGGAUAGGCUGAUGGGGAAGCUCCUGCAGCAGCCAAAUACAUACGCUGACUUCGAGUUCCUCGCCUUCUGGCAGACACAGUACAACAACAUGAAUGCCGUCAACCUCUUCUUUGCCUGGAUCAAGAUAUUCAAGUACAUCAGCUUCAACAAAACCAUGACCCAGCUCUCCUCCACGCUGGCCCGCUGUGCCAAAGACAUCCUGGGCUUCGCUGUCAUGUUCUUCAUCGUAUUUUUCGCCUAUGCCCAGCUUGGCUACCUGCUUUUCGGGACCCAAGUGGAAAACUUUAGUACUUUCAUCAAGUGCAUUUUCACUCAGUUCCGGAUCAUCCUUGGGGACUUUGACUACAAUGCUAUCGACAAUGCCAACCGCAUCCUGGGACCUGCCUACUUUGUCACCUAUGUCUUUUUCGUCUUCUUCGUGCUUCUGAACAUGUUUCUUGCCAUCAUCAAUGACACAUAUUCAGAGGUCAAGGAGGAGUUGGCUGGACAGAAGGAUGAGCUACAGAUUUCUGACCUCCUGAAACAGGGCUACAACAAGACCCUACUGAGGCUGCAUCUCAGGAAGAAACAGGUUUCGGAUGUGCAGAAGGUCCUGCAGGGUGGGGAGCAGGAGAUCCAGUUUGAGGAUUUCACUAACACCUUGAGGGAACUGGGGCACAAAGAGCACGAGAUCACUGAGCUCACGGCUACCUUCACCAGGUUUGACCAAGAUGGGAAUCAUGUCCUGGAUGAGAAGGAGCAAAAACAAAUGCAACAGGACCUGGAGGAGGAGAGGGUGGCCCUCAAUGCUGAAAUUGAGAACCUGGGCUGGUCCGUUGUGAGGAGUUCACCAGGCAAAUCAGAUCUAGAGGCUACCGGAGCAGGUGACUGGGUUUCAGGAGAAGAAUUCUACACGCUCACAAGAAGAGUUCUGCAGAUGGAGUCUGUCCUGGAAGGAGUCCUGGCCCAGGUUGAUGCUGUGGGCUCAAAGCUAAGAAUGCUGGAGAGGAAGGGGCAGCUGGCUCCCUCCCCAGGCAUGGUGACAGGCAUUUGGGAACACGUGUAGCCAGCCACAGCUGUGAUUCCAGCCCCCUGGGAAGUCGAGGGUGGGCAGGACAAUGGUGGGGGAGGGGUCCUAAAGCAUCAGACAGCAGGCUCCUCUCUCACUGCCUUCCCAGAGGCCCCCUCUGCACAUUCCCUCUAUUUCUAGGGCAA